CUUUCAAACAAUCAUUAUUUCAUCAUCAUCAUAAUAUUAUAUAUCUACCAUAUAUGUAACAAACACACCAACAAGCAUUUUAUCAUAUGAAUGCCUCCCUUUGCACGUGCUACUCACACACUCCCGCACCAGCGUUAACGUUUUCUUCUUUCUCAAAGGAAAAAAGAAGCUUAAUACCACAUUAUUCACCAUGCCAACACAAUCACAAGACCAACGUGUAUUACCCCACAACUUCUCAUAUAAGAAUCAACAUCACCAAGAUUCUCUUCUGCUCUCUAUUACCAACACAAGAGUUUUCACCACUAAUGGCAUCACCUACGGCACCAUGUGGGGCUUGCAAGUUCUUGAGGAGGAAGUGCAUUGAAGGGUGCAUCUUUGCACCUUACUUUAGUUCAGACCAGGGUGCAGCCAAGUUUGCAGCUGUGCACAAGGUGUUUGGUGCUAGCAAUGUGUCAAAGCUCUUACUGAGUGUUCCAGUGAACCACCGCCAUGAAGCGGCGGAGACUAUAUCAUACGAGGCUCAAGAAAGGCUAUCUGAUCCUGUUUAUGGUUGUGUAUCCACCAUUAUUGCUUUACAACAACAGGUGGCAUCUUUGCAAGCAGAGGUCACUAUGAUGCGAACUCACGUGAUAAAUAGUCGGUUUGGACAUUCAAGUGCCCUUCAGCAGCAGCAGCAGCAGCUAAACAUGAAUGUAGGGCUGCAGCCAGCUUACUACAACAAUUCAUUUGCUUCCAUUAACCACAUGAACCCAAGCAGCUUCAACCCUGGUUUUGACCAUGCAAUGGGGACAGCAUCCUCAUCACACAGCUUAGAGCCUCUUCAACUCUCUGGGUUGUCCCAAUAUGAAGAAGAGGACGAGGAAAGAAGGUUUCAUUAAGUGUUCAACCAUGACAUA